CAUUAAAAACCUCACUCAGUGUCACAGUAUCCUCCAGUAACCUCAGAGCUGCAGCUGAAUAGAUUCACACUGAUCGAAUCAAGUGUGCGUAAGCUGUUUAUGCGGCACCAAAUCAAAUCAGGCAGCGAUAUCUGUCAGCACCCAUGCAACGAUUCGAUGACGGAUUCAUGUGAUGGUGCCACCAGCCUGGAGCUACUCCUCACAGAUAAAUCUUUCUCUGCAAUCAGGUGUUGGAGACAAUUAUCGGUUUGGGUUUGACCCCAUUUUUCAUGUCUAACCUGAUCUUUGCUUUGAUAAAUCAGCUGCUGAAGGAGACAUUAUCACAGCUUAAUUUGUAACUUCCAACCUCAAUCCACUUGGUGUAUGUGUUUGACUAACAUAUUAGUCAAUAUUCCUGCACAGAGUCUGUGCAGUUGUGUGUUGUUGUUCCCCCUGUUCAACUUUAAGAGCUCUAUGGGCGGUCCUAGUGCACAGACCAAUGAAUCGCCUUCUCUGUUUAAAUAGUCCUUGAUGUCAACUUUUCUUCUUCACUCAUAGCUCCCUCUAACGCCAUGUUGGUUGUUAUGGCUUGAUGUGUUUUCAUCUGCCUUACUACGGACUUGACAGGAGUGGCUCUCUUAAACCCCCCUGCGCCGUUUGGAGACGCUUUUUGCACGUAACGGAUGAUACGCGCGGAGUUAUGCAUGCGCCAUCCCCGUUACUUCACAUUUGAGAGGAUUACUACUUGGAAAUAGCAGUUCGAAACGUUUUUUUUUUGUUGUUAUCUCGCCCUGAGUUGUUGCGUUUCUUGUCAUAUGUGCAACAAAAUGUCAGAUGUUCGCCUUUCUAAUGCGAGCCCGACAUUGGAGAGGGUAGAUGCGCGGCAGCCGGACAACGUCAGACCUCCGGUGCGCAGAAACCUUUUUGGAAGACCUGACCGAGAGGAAAUACGGAGGUACGUGACGGACGCGGUGCGGGAAGAUGUGCAGGCUUUCACGGAGAGGUAUAACUUCGACCCGGUCACCGAGACGCCGCUCGCUCCGCGCAAUUACGACUGGCAGCAGGACAGCGACCCACCGGAAUUUUAUCUCCGACCGCACCACACCGUCCACCGGCCGCAGCGAGAGGCAGAGUCGCCCACCGGGGACUCGCAGAGCGGGGAUGGCGAGGAGGAGGCGAGUGGAAGGCGGUCGCAUCGCCAGCGAGACCGAAGAGAUUCACGGAAAAGACGCUCGGAGGAUUCAGGUUCUUGCUCCGACGAGAGCCAGACUAAAAGGUCGCAUACCGACGAAGAUGAUGAUGAAGACCAGUCGGACGGUGCAGGAACUCUGGCGCUAACAGGCGCGCAGGAGCAACCCAGCAGGCCAGAAAACUGCGCGGAGGUCCAAUGAAAACCAGAGCAGAGAGAAGAGACCUGUUGCUGGUGGAAUACUGUAGCCUUUCUCAUCAUCUGACAAGAGUGGAGAGAAAAUUUAUAUUAAAAUAAAAAAAAAAAGCAGCCUUAUCCUAAAGAAGGGAGGAGGAGAAGGCUGCACAAGCACUGAAUAUGUACACUAUCAAGUUUUGGCACUCAUAUUAAGCAAAUUGCCUCAGAAGCAGCAGACAAUGUAGCAGUGUGCAAAUGGAGUUUUGCUCAAUUUUUCCUUUUUUUUGUUUUUUUGUAUCUACUACCUAUGUUUAAGAUGUAGCACAUAAGAAAGCAUAUUAUGCUUUUCAUACCUUCUUUUGUUUAAAUGUGUUUAAAUAAGUGUGUAAAUUUGACUCGGGAAGUUGCAGUGCAAUUUUCCAGCAGAGAGAUAUUAUUUUGUUAUAGUGGUCAUUUGUAUCAUUAUUCAGGUAAAUUGAGUUAAGUUAAAAUAAACAAAAAAAUAAAAUAAAAAAUGCAGAUUUCAAAAAGUCAGGGUAAUGUGGAAGCAAAAUGUCUUCACUUUUUCUGUGGCUUUAUAUUCCCAGUGUUAUAUAUCUUGUUUUUUGUUUUUUUGUUUUUUUUAGUUUUUUUGAAGGCCCAGAUGGCCACACUGUAAGUUGAGGGUCCAUCUAACUGGGAGUAACCAUGAUAAACAAAGUUUACAUGCAAAUAAUGUCCCAUUCUUUUUCUUAUUUUAAGAGGGUUUGCCAAAGUUUGUGCCUUUUUUUUUAGUUCCUGUGGGUGAGGGGUGGGGUGGGAGGGUGGCUAAACUGCUGAGCAAUAUCCAACCAAAUUAAUUAUUUUUUUUAUUUUUACAGUAUUUGCUAAUAAUCCUAAGAGUUAGCUUUUAUUUAAAAAUUAGGCAACUUUUUAUUCUUGUGACUUUUCAGGUCACAUAUCCCACCCCCCUUUGUAAUAAGUGUGGUCCAGGUUAACAUAGAAAAAAAAAGUGUUAAAAUCACUGGGCUGUGUUCUAUUAUUAUGCAAAUAUGUGAAUCAAAGAAUUGUCUUUGUGGUGUGGAAUUCAUGACGAACAUGUAGUUGCACUAUUGUUCAUUUCUCGUUAUUUUUAGUGAGGGCAGAUAAAAAAAAGUGACACCGCCUCACUUGGUGUCAGACUUUGAAGUGUACCUGUGUGCCUGUUCUUUUUUUUUUUUUUUUUUUUGAAAAACACUGAAAAAAUUAUACUAACUUAUUUAUGUUGAGCUUUUUUUCUGUGGGUGUAUGUACAGCUUCCCAAAGUGACAUUUUUGUAAAUAUAUAUUUUCAUUAUUGUUUUUAAGAUAAAUAAAUAAAAUUGCAAAACUGAGCCUAAUAAUCGAUUUUA